AGAGAUGGAAAACCAAAACCAAGAACAGCAACAGAGAGCAGGUACAGAUGGUGCUUCCACUCGCAUAACUGCAGCCAUCUAUUCAGAAGGCACACCACCCAGCAAACACUUUGAUCUUGACCUUCAGCAUACUAUUGACCCCAAGGAUGAGCCUCAGAAACCUGGAUGGAGAAAGUUUCUAGCACAUGUUGGCCCUGGAUUCCUUGUCUCUUUGGCUUACCUUGAUCCUGGCAAUUUGGAAACUGAUCUGCAAGCUGGAGCAAAUCACAGAUACGAGCUGCUAUGGGUGAUUCUUAUUGGGUUGGUCUUCGCUCUCAUAAUCCAAUCGCUCUCAGCAAACCUUGGCGUGACAACUGGGAAACAUUUGUCAGAAUUAUGCAAGGCGGAAUAUCCACCAUUUGUCAAAUAUUGUUUGUGGUUGCUAGCAGAAGUGGCCGUCAUAGCGGCUGACAUACCCGAAGUGAUUGGCACGGCCUUCGCUCUUAAUUUACUGUUCAAUAUUCCAGUUUGGACUGGAGUACUCUUAACUGGUUUCAGUACUCUCCUCCUUCUUGGCCUGCAGAGAUAUGGGGUGAGGAAGCUGGAAAUACUGAUAGCAGUGCUGGUGUUUGUGAUGGCUGCCUGUUUCUUUGGGGAAAUGAGUUAUGUGAAGCCUCCGGCAUCGAGUGUGCUCCAAGGCAUGUUCAUCCCUAAGCUCAGCGGCCAACGAGCCACCGGCGAUGCCAUUGCCCUCUUGGGAGCCCUUGUUAUGCCGCACAACCUUUUUCUCCACUCAGCUCUUGUGCUUUCUAGGAAAAUUCCGAAAUCUGUCCGUGGCAUCAAUGAUGCAUGUCGAUAUUUCUUGAUAGAGAGUGGAUUUGCAUUAUUUGUAGCAUUUUUAAUCAAUGUUGCUGUUAUUUCCGUAUCCGGCACCGUCUGCCAUCAGAACGACCUCUCUGAUACGGAGGACAAAACAUGCAGUGAUCUUACUCUCAACUCUGCUUCCUUCCUUCUCCAGAAUGUGUUGGGACGAUCAAGCAAAAUCUUUUAUGCCAUUGCACUAUUAGCCUCAGGCCAAAGCUCCACAAUCACAGGCACUUACGCAGGACAAUUUGUCAUGCAGGGUUUUUUGGACAUUAAGAUGAACAAAUGGGCUAGAAACCUACUGACCAGGUGCAUUGCCAUUACACCAAGUCUCAUUGUUUCCAUUAUCGGAGGGUCUUCUGGAGCAGGCAGACUCAUUAUCAUUGCAUCGAUGAUACUAUCUUUUGAGCUCCCAUUUGCUCUAAUUCCGCUCCUCAAAUUCAGCAGUAGUGCCACCAAGAUGGGACCUCACAAGAAUUCAAUCUAUAUCAUUGUGAUUUCAUGGAUUCUAGGUAUGGGAAUCAUAGGCAUCAACAUCUACUACCUCAGCACAGGAUUUGUGGGGUGGAUAAUCCACAGCAGUUUACCCAAAGUUGCAACUGUGUUCAUUGGAAUCUUGGUGUUCCCUCUCAUGGCCAUUUACAUCCUUGCAGUCGUAUACCUAACCCUAAGAAAAGACACAGUGGUUACUUUUAUUGAACCCACAAACAACGACCCCGCAGCCCAAAACCAAAUGGAAAGUGGGCUUCUCAAUUCUAGUGACCUCCCAGUACCUUACAAACAGGACUUAGCUGGCAUACCACUACCACAAUAGAGGAUAUACAUGUACAUGUAUAUAUUUA